CUAUAACUCUCCGAUCAAAAUUCUCAGACUUCAAAAUUAACUUCAAUUUCACAGCAUAUGAAGAAGCUUUUCUCCGAAUUCGCAUCUUGCUGGGGCGGAGCAACUGUUACUCCCACGCCGGAGCCUGCCGUGUCCCGGCGCAGGACCAAAAGGACUGCCAAAUUGAGCGGCGCCGCCCAUAAUUGGAAGCCCAAACUCAAUGCGAUUUCCGAGAACAGCCCGCUCUUCGACGCCGACGACACGCGACGGCCGGUGAAGGCCAAAAUUAGGUCUCCCGCGAGGGCCGCGCCGCCGCGUAGUCUAAUUGAGGACUACUGGAAAUAUUCUCAGUCGAUGGCGGUGCCGGUGUUUGCUCCGACGUCGUAUAUGUUUUGAGAUGGAGGGCUGCUUACGUCAUAAUUAAUGGUUGUGUAUAUAGUUUAGAUCGAUUGUAUUUUGUAAAUUGGGAUUUUGUUGAUGAAUCAAUUAAGACACCAAUUCUUAGCA